CCCUGUCGGUUAUGUUCUUUACUUUUACGUUCAAUAAAGACGCGCGUGCGCCUUGCACUAAUCUGUAUACCCUGCGAUACCAGACUCUCACAGAGCUAGUGCUCAAUGGUAAGAGAGAAUUUUCUUAUCACAGUAAUAUUCUGUUUAAUUCUGUUCGUACGUUGUGAUCUGUGAAAAGACGCGUGGAAAAUGGAAUUUACUUAAAAAUCCUGUGCUUAUUUUGCAUAUUGGUAUUAUACUACUUCCUUCGAAGAGUGAAAACUUAAUCGAGGAGACGAGGGAAAAACAGUGGAUGGAGAUUUAACGUUGUCAUUACUUUUGAAGAUGAGAGCACUGGAUACAAUCAUGAAUUCAACCUGCGCUUACUGUACGCUCGAACCACCCCCUGACAUUCUUCAUAUACCUCCGCCACCAUUUCCGGCUAUUCUUCAGCAAGGUUCCGAUUUUUAUCCAAGUUCUGACAUCCUGCCAUUUCCACCACAUUUAAAUGACAGUCCCUGCAAGCAUUUUUGUGAUCGGCGCUCCGAAGGGGUUCAAUAUAUAGAAAUGCCUCAACAAGGAACUGUAUUUGACGACACGUGGCUCCUGAUCUUAAUAUCGUCCUGCGUCGGUGUCAUUUUUAUCGCCAUAGUGCUCGCGACGCUGCUCUUAAAAUGCAAAUUCAAUAGAAAUGGGAAAAGCGGGGUGAUCUCCAUGCCGAAUGCAACUUCUGGGAUGCAAGCGAAAAACGGUAGGCUCCAGAAUGAGGCAGUGCUUUAUCCGUGUGCGGCAGAUACCAUGCAAGACAGUCGAGUCAUGUGGGCCACUCUUACUCCACGUGGGACCACGAGACACUAUUUGGAGGAGCAUACGUACGAGACCAUCGGGAGCGGACAGUUUCACAAACGUUCCUGUGCGACUACACCAACCGAACAUGUAAAACUCAAGACGUAUGCCGAUCCACCAGCUAUUACCCCAGUGCAAAAUCGACCAAAGGAUGACAAAGCUUUCGAUAACACUGCAUUUGUAGAUUAUGAGGAACCUUUAUCUAUCAAGACAGAAUAUUAUCAGCUUAACGAUGUCUUGGAGCCAAAUGAAUCAGGCAUACUUACAAUUCAGAGAGGAACCCUCCGUCCACGCGUGAGUUCCCCGACGAGAAUCGAACAUCCGAAUUUGCCUCCAUUGAACCUUCAUCCGCAUAAACGUGCAUCUCGGAAGGGCUCUGGGACGCAACAUACUUCGGAUACGCUACUGAGAAGCAGCAUCACGUCAUCCACUUAUAUACCUACUAUAUAAAUAUUUCGUCCUCUUUUUGUUACAUUUUGAUCGCCGAUAAGCGAAGUUACACUGUGCACCUUUUACAUCUGUUACAUCGUAUCUAGUCAUUGUAAGCACAUACUGACUGUAUAAGUCGAAUAAACGACGCGUAGUCGUGAGAAAUUCUUUUUAUCGAUUAAUAUAAGAUUGUGAUUGUGAUUAUGUGUAGACGUAGGUGUAGAUUGAACAGAAUAAAUAAUGUAUGUUACAUUUGCAUAUUAUGAAAUAAAGCAAUGCAUAUAACAAAA